UCACAAUCGUCAACACACAGGCCAACAAAGCCAAGCAAGACAACAAGGAUGUUUGGUGUGCUGCGGAGCGUGAGGCGUGCGCACAGCGCCGCCAACGGCUGGCUCUUUGCUGAGAAGCCUCGCAUGGCUGGUCAGGCACGACAGAAGGAGGCGUGGGAGCUUCCCUUCCACCUGUUUAUCAGCGGUGGCUUUGCUGUCGCCACCUACUUGCAUCUCCAGCGCCCCAACACCAGGACGCAAGCAACAUACAGCAAGAUUGCACAGGAGGAAUUGGCAGCGGAGUGAGGUGUCUGAAUGCAGACAGACGAAGGCCUGUUCCAGUGGUCCAAAAGUCACAAAUAUUGACAAGCAAGGGGUAUGAAGAUGGCGGGUGUUGCAAUGCGUGCGCGCGUGUUUGUGUGCGGGUUUUGCGUGUGGUGGUGGUGAUUGGGGCUGCAGCAGGUGCAUGGAGUGGGUCUUGUCUUGAAAUGUGCUGUGUCUUUGGCGUCACACCAGUGACUCGCCCGAUGGGGCACCGAGUGCGUUGCCCCUCCCACCCUGCAAUUGUAUUGACAAUGUUGGUUGGUUGGAAUAGACAAGAGCAAUGAAGGUUGUGAGAGC